AUGGAAUCGAAAAAGCACGAGUGCCAGUUAACUCACGAGACCGACUACGUGAACCAGUUCAUAGAAGCAGGACUGUUCAUAAAUUUGAGAAGAAAGAUCAAGGGUUGGUUGGUGGUGCACGAGAAUCACCCAAGUACCAAAAAGCUAUUCAAGUCCAACUGUUCACAAAAACAGGAGAAGAUUCGCCACCUCCACAAUUACUACUACAUGGUGCAUCCAUUCAGCAUGUUCAAUUUUUGGGUGAACACCUUCACCGGUUUGUUGUACUUGGUGAUUUAUGUCUACAUCCCCUUCGGCACCCAGAUGUUAAACGAUAUUACUGUUACAUGUUUACUGAUGAUUUUGUUGCUGUAUUACAUUUACAACUUUUUCCUGGGGUACGUGGACAACGGUGUCGUGGUAUUGGUGCCGAAUAGAGUCGUCAAACACACGAAGCGAUUCAUACCCGAAUUCAUGCUGUCAAUAUUGGCCAUUAUAAUUUAUUCGGAGCCACUCAUCUUCUACGAACUUAGAUGGUUGACGGAACACUUCAGGUGGGCGUUGGUGGUGUUCUUCUUGAGGUUCAAAGACGUGGACAGAUGGUACAAGCAGUUCAUGACCUGGGCGGGAAGAGCCGAGACCUUUUUCAGGUACUGCCGAAGAUUUUACUUAUUUUCCUUGGUGAUUUUCUAUCCCACUGGCAUCUAUUACAAGUUCGCCAGUUUGCACGACACCAGGACCACACUCAUGGACUGUUUAUAUUUAAUAUCGUCCGCCCUCCUACAUUACGCCCCGACCAACUGGGACGGAAUACCCCUAAUAAUCCUGGAACUAAAUCUAAUGUACAUCGGAACCGUUCUGGAACUGCUCCUGCUGAUAUUCCUGACCAGAAUCUAUCUGCAACAAACGGCCGUGAACAACCAGCACACCCUGGUGAUCCACGAGAUGGACGAGUUCAUGAGACACCACGAGCUGCCGGCCGAAACGAGGAUGAAGAUGUACAAUUUCGUCGAGUUCAAGUACUUCGGCAACUACUACAACGAGCGCAAUCUGGAAACGGUGCUGUCGCCGCGGCUCCUGGGUGAAGUGAACGAGUACCUGUCUUCCAAGGUGAUUGCGAAGGUGUCGUUCUUGCGGGAGUUUCCGGACCACGCGCUGAAGCUGAUCGCCAAGUACCUGAAGCAACAGAUCUACAUGGAGAACGACGUGAUCAUCGAAUGCGGCUCGAGGGACACGACGUUGUUCUUCAUCUAUUUGGGGGCGGUGGCCGUUUACAACAAGUUCCACCAAGAGAUAUGCCAUCUGUAUGACGGGGACUAUUUUGGGGAGGUGGCGCUCUUCUUCAACGUGCCUCGCACCGCGAUGGUCAUGGCGGUGAGACCUUGCAGGAUGUUUAUGAUCACCAGGAAGGAUUUCAUGUACGCCCUCAGACACUUUCCCGAGGUGAUCAGAAAUGCCAAGGAGAAAGUGGUUGUUAGAUACAUCCAAGAGAUCCAGGUUAAAAAGGGGAUACGUUGCGACAUCAACGUUCCGCAGAAGUUUUACAUCAUUUAA